AUUGUUGUGAGGAGUCUGGCCACUUGGUGAACGGAGUAAUCAAAACCAUCUGUUUCAGAUCGAGGCCUCCAUUUGCAUUGUUUAACAUACUCUGAAAAUGAAGUGUUCAUUUUUAACAUUCCUGCAGCAAUUGGUCUAAUGUUGUAUUAGGGAAGAUUGCUAAACUGAACCAGGUGCCCCCACUCCAGUCCUCACUCCAGACGUUACAGAACAGGCAGCACAUCUCUCCCUGGGAGUUACAUCACUGUAGGACCCACGCUGACCUUGCACAUAAGGAACCUGAUCACGACUUACCUUUCUGCAGAUGCACCGGGCACAUUUAUAGAACGGAAUAUGCUGAAACUCAGAAUAUUGACUUUGAUCACUCUCUGUCUCUGCAUCACAGACUCAGUACAUGCACAGCAACAGUGCUCCAAUGGCUUUGAGAUGGACCGAUCAUCAGGGCAAUGUUUAGAUGUGGAUGAGUGUCGGAUAAUUCUGGAUGCCUGCAGAGGAGAUAUGAUGUGUGUAAAUCAAAAUGGAGGUUACCUCUGCAUUCCUCGCACCAACACCAUGUUUAGACCUAGUUUACGUAACCCAUUUCUACCAGCUGCCGCUGCACCACUUCCUCCUCCAAAUUUCCCAUCACCUUCCAGACCCGUUGUCUGUCGUUUUGGGUAUCAACUUGAUGAAGACAACCAGUGUGUAGAUAUAGACGAGUGUGUCAGUGAGUCCCACCAGUGCAACCCGACUCAGAUAUGUAUCAAUACAGAGGGAGGGUACACCUGCUCCUGUACAGAAGGGUACUGGCUCCUGGAGGGACAGUGUUUAGACAUCGAUGAAUGUCGGUAUGGAUACUGCCAGCAGCUGUGUGCCAAUGUACCAGGAUCAUAUUCCUGCACAUGUAACCCUGGCUUUAUCCUGAACUCUGAUGGGAGGUCCUGCCAAGAUGUAGAUGAGUGUAUCACUGAUAACCCAUGUGUACAGACAUGCAUGAACACGUAUGGAUCAUAUCUGUGCCGCUGUGAACCAGGGUAUGAAUUAGAUGAAGAUGGAGUCAACUGCAGCGAUAUGGAUGAAUGCAGUGUUUCAGAAUUCCUGUGCCAGCAUGACUGUGUCAAUGAGCCAGGUUCCUACUACUGUCAUUGCCCAGAAGGCUACGUCUUGCUUGAUGAUAGCAGAACCUGCCAAGAUAUUGAUGAAUGUGACACAGGGAACUACACUUGCACUCUGCAACAGUUUUGCUUCAAUAUCCCUGGAAGCUACAGGUGUCUAGAUUCAAUGCGCUGUGAUGAACCCUACAUCCAGAUCAAUGAUAAUCGGUGCAUGUGCCCUGUGGAGAACACAGCCUGCAGAGACCAGCCUUUUACCAUUGUCCAUAGGCACAUGGACCUGCUGUCCACCCGCACUGUUCCUACUGAUAUAUUCCAGAUGCAGGCCACCACCCGCUUCCCUGGAGCCUACUACAUUUUCCAGAUUAAGUCAGGGAAUGAAGGCAGAGAGUUCUACAUGAGACAAACAGGGCCCAUCAGUGCUACGCUGGUUUUGACAAGACCAAUCACUGGCCCCCGAGACUUGGUGCUUGACCUGGAGAUGGUGACUGUGAACACUGUUGUCAACUUCCGAGGCAGCUCUGUCAUCCGACUAAAAAUAUUUGUGUCUCAGUACUUAUUCUGAGCCCUGGCUACUUUGCUGUGUUCUUUCAUGAUGUCCCUUUCUUCUCAGAAAAUAGCUUCAUUCUGCAUGGACCUGGCUCUCCACACUUUUCCCCAUGUCUUGACGAAACAAAUAUUUAUCCACAGAUAAAUUCUUAAAAAAUA